GAUGCACAGGGCUCCUGGUGACCUGCCCUCAGUGGCAGAGGGGUGCCAGGCUACAGUCACCCACCACCACCUGGUCCAGAAGCUGCUGCACCGCAUGGAGAAAUCUGUCAAGUUUGAUGAGCCACCGAACCCCAGCAUCCUGCUGGCCAUGAACCUGGCUGGAGCCACACAUGGCCAUGUCCACAACUGGCUGCUCCAGGAGAUAAAGAGGGAUGCAGUGGAGAGAGCCCAGACAGACUUCACCUCGGGACAAGUGGCUCUGUACAUCCUCGCCCUCCUCUCCUCCUGCCAGGACCCCCGAUGUGUCCAUGCCAUGGGGAAGACUAUCAACCUGAUCCCCAUCCUGAAGCAGAAAAUGAAUGAGGAGAUAAGCAAAAACGUGAUCACCUUGUACAGAGAGAGCCUGGACAUCCUGGCCCUGUGCCUGGUGAAGGAAUAUGACAACCAAGAUGCAGCCAAGGCUGUGGCUGAGGAGUUGCUGAAAUAUAAGAGCUCCCCCGAUGUGGACAGCCGGGCCAUGGCAGUACUGGCGCUGGUGUGCGCCUACAACCACACAGGCAAGCAGCACCUGAUCCAUGAUGCACUAAAGGCAGUGACCAACGAUUUUCUGAAUAAGCAAGAAGAGCACAACGGCAUGAUCGGGAAUAUCUACAGCAUGGGACUGGCCUUGCAGGCUCUGGAGACCUCGAGUGAGUUUUAUGCCCCUCGGAAGUGGGACCGUGCCCAGGCCUUCAGCGUGGUCUACAACCACGACUACCAACAGCCCAUGGCCAUAGCCCAGGUGCUGCCUCCCCUGGUGGGCAAGUCGUACCUCAACACAGGUGGGGUGUGCCAGGUGCCCACCCUGCCCCUCUCCCGACCCGCAGCUCCCAUCACGGUGCAGUUCUCCAUCACCAACACGCUGAAGAAUUACUUUCACUACUCCACCUCGGUGUGUGUCCCAGAUAACUCCACGCUGCUCCAGGUGAUGAAGGUAGCAAGGAAUGAGAAACCUGACAUCUUUUGCUUCAAGACAAAGAAGACAUGCUGGGGUCCCUUUGUGACCUCCAUCCAUGGGCUGGCUGGCAAUGAAACCGAAAGGACCUACUGGCAGUUCUUCAGCUGCUGGAGUCCCCUCCAGGAAGGCGUUGGCACCUACAAACCGAAAAACUGGGAGCACAUCCAGGCCAUCUUCAGCACCUACUGAUGCCACCAAGACACGCUGGACCCCUCCAUGGAACAAUAAAGUGCCAUUCCAGCA